AUGGCGAAUCACCCCGGAGCAGCAGGAGCUGGUGGCCUUGGUGGCCUUGGUGGCCUUGGAGGGCCUGGAGGUCUGGGUGGGGCUGGUGUUCCAGGAGGAGUAGCAGGAGCUGCACCUGCUGCUGCCGCUGCCAAAGCUGCUGCCAAGGCUGCCCAGUAUGGCCUUGGUGGAGCCGGUGGACUGGGGGCUGGUGGACUGGGAGCCGGCGGACUGGGGGCCGGCGGACUGGGGGCCGGCGGAGCCAUCCCUGGUGCUGCAGGCCUUGGAGGUGUGUCCCCAGCUGCGGCUGCUAAAGCAGCCAAAUAUGGUGCUGCUGGCCUCGGAGGUGUCCUAGGAGCCAGGCCAUUCCCAGGUGGAGGAGUGGCAGCAAGACCUGGCUUUGGACUCUCUCCUAUUUACCCAGGUGGUGGUGCUGGGGGCCUGGGAGUUGGUGGAAAACCCCCAAAGCCCUAUGGAGGAGCCCUGGGAGCCCUGGGAUACCAAGGUGGGGGCUGCUUCGGGAAAUCCUGUGGCCGGAAGAGAAAGUGAUCUUCUGGGGACCCCUGACUAGCGACCUCAUCAACGUUGGUGCUACUGCUUGGUGGAGAAUGUAAACCUUCUAUGACCACCCCCACUCUAUCCCCCACCCCCGCCUGGGAGGGGACAACAGGCCAGUGGCCUUGGAAACCCACAGGACAAGGAACUCAGACAGCAGCGGCCACGUACCCCUAACCAGAAACUUCUCCCCUACAUCAGAGACCAGGGCGGGUGUCCCAUCUCUUCCCACCCAGGAGCUUCCCACACAGUCUCCAUCUCCAAGGGAAAUUGGUGCUACACGUUGGUGCUUCUUCUUUGUGGGGGGAGGGAGGAGGGAAGGGAAUCCCAGGAUAACCCCCCUUACCCAAAGCCCCUCUAUUAAGAUGGUGCACACCUUUGCCGGGCAGUCCCACCUCCCCCUGCCCACCAGGAGCCAUCCUGGCUGCAUCCUAUUGGUACCCAAGUACCGGAAGCCUUGACGCUGGAUUUGAUGACAUGAUCCCUCUGUCUUUGGGUCCCCUUGGCCCUGUCCCCUCUACCAAUAGCUAUUUCCCCCAACUGGGACACCGUGGAGUCCAAUGGUUGGCCACACUGGGAAAAGCCCCCUUGUUCUUGUGGAAGUCACCUGCCUGCCUACCCAUCCAUUCAUCAGUCCAUGCAUCCAUCCGUCCUGACUGCCUCGUGCCACGACCUGGCUAGGCACACCUAUCAACCCGGUUCACCUGUCAUGGCAGCCUGUACCCUGUUUCUGCCCCUGCCACACACCCCAAAUGCUGGCCUGGGGGCAGGGGUCGUGCGGGUCGGGCAGGACCAUCCCCACAUGCAGUACUGUAUCCCGUCCCUUCCUGGAGCCACUCUACCGAGAGCAUGCCCCGCCUCCCCACCUCUUUGUGUUUCGCUGUGAUAGAUCAAUAAAUAUUUUAUUUUUUGUCCUGGA